AUGUUCAUCAACGACGAAGAACUAAAUGGCGUGGGCAAAAUCCAGUCAAAGGGCAUCUAUCACGGGCUGCCUGUCUUCCCAGAGUCUCUGAAGGGCCUUUCUGCCAUCAUAACGGGCGCAAAUGGAAUAUCUGGCCAUCAUAUGCUUCGGGUCCUGGCUGAAUCACCAGAAAGAUGGACAAAUAUCUACUCCAUGUCAAAACGGCCACCGCUAGUACCCACGAAAUGGAAGACGAACGUCCAGCACAUCUCGCUGGAUUUCCUUAACAGCACGCCAGUGGAGCUAGCCAUGGCCAUGAAAGAAAAUGGUGUGAAAGCUGACUAUAUCUUCUUCUUCUCGUACAUUCAAUCAGAGCCUGAGGACGGUGGCGGCAUCUGGUCCGCUGCAGAAGAGUUAGUCAGGGUCAAUACGGCGAUGCUCUCUAACUUCCUGGACGCCGUUAAGCUUGCAGGAAUCACGCCCAAGCGAGUCAUGCUGCAGACUGGAGCCAAAAACUAUGGCAUCCAUCUUGGUCCCACGAUGACACCCCAAAGGGAGGGUGAUCCUCGCGUCUUGCUGGAGCCCAACUUCUACUACACCCAGGAGGAUACGCUCUUCAGAUAUUGUGAAGAAACUGGUGCAAGCUGGAAUGUAGUUAUGCCAUCUUUCGUGCUCGGUGCCGUGAAAGAAGCUGCCAUGAACAUGAUGUAUCCUCUGGGUGUCUUUGGGGCUAUCCAGGCACACCUUGGACGGCCUCUUGUCUAUCCGGGAGAACUCGCUUCGUAUAUGAUGCCUCUGGAUCUAUCGUCGGCCACGUUAAACGGAUACCUGGAAGAAUGGGCUGUUCUCACCCCCAAGGCUGCAAACCAGGCAUUCAAUGCUUGUGACAACAGCGCCUUCACCUGGGCUGCAUUCUGGCCCACAUUUGCCAGCUGGUACAACUUGCCAUACCAGAUUCCCGAUGAUGAGAAAUCGCAGUACAUUUCAAUUCCGACUCAAUAUGAGCCGCCACCAAGAGGAUUCGGUCCCCGAGGCAUCAUCCGGCUGAAAUAUGCGCUCUCCCACUGGGCCACUGACCCCGAAGUCCAAGAUGCAUGGAAAGUAUUAAGUCAGAAACAUAACCUGCAAACUAAUCCAUUCCAAAGUGCAAAGGACAUUCAUCGCCUGUUUAGCUUUACAGACAGUGCGUUACUUAUGGCAUGGCCACUCCAAUUUAGGUCAGGACUUUUUGUUAAUUUUCUUUCUUUCUUUCUUUCUUUCUUUUUUCAUUUGGCUUGUUUGCAUAUUGGAAAUAAGAGAGCUAAUAAGUUUAUUCUGUAG